AUGACGAAGCAGUUCGCUGUACCUCCGGUGGUGUUCCCCUCCGGUGGGAACCCAAGCGCCGUCGGAUCCAACAACAUCCAACAACGCCGCGUCGCGACGGCGCCAUUUCAACCCCCGCGCUCCUCCACCUCCUCGAUCCCCUUCAUGUCCUUCGACAUCGGCUCCGCCGCAGCCGCCUCCUCCUCCUCCUCCCUCUUCGGAGGCCCGAUCGGCUCCUCCUCCAUCCCUGGCGGCUCCGCCUCCUUCGAGGACGAAGAGCCCCUCCUCGACGAGCUCGGCAUCCACCCUGACCAAAUCUGGAGAAAAACCAAGUCUAUUCUCAACCCGUUCCGCUCCAACCCGGCAGUCCACAAGGACUCAGACCUCUCCGGCCCGAUCCUCCUUUACAUGUCUCUCUGCCUCUUCCAACUCCUCGCGGGAAAAAUCCAGUUCGGCGUCAUCCUCGGAUGGAUCGUCGUCUCUUCCAUUUUCCUCUACAUCGUCUUCAACAUGUUGGCUGGGCGUAACGGCAAUCUCGACCUGCACAGGUGUACGUCUGUGAUUGGGUAUUGUAUGCUGCCCGUGGUGAUCUUAUCGGCCGCCUCGCUCUUCGUCCCCCAAGGCGGGAGCUUCAGGAUUGCCGUGGCUGCCGUCUUUGUGUUGUGGGCCACGAGGGUGUGCACGGGGCUCAUGGUUGCGCUUGCUGACGGUGGUGAUGAGCAUCGCGGGUUGAUAGCGUAUGCUUGUUUCUUGAUUUACACUCUGUUUUCGCUUCUUGUGAUAUUUUAG